AUUGAAGUUUGUUCUUUUGAAGAAUUAUUUCAAUUUCUACAGCAAUGCUGAGAUCGGGCGCCCAGCCUACAGUCGGCAGCGCAGUGAGCAACUACAAUUGUCUUCGGAUCCUCGUCCUGGGCGACAGCGGAGUCGGAAAAAGCAGUCUUGUUCAUAUUCUGUGUCACGGAACUGUGCUCACAAACCCCACGUGGACUAUCGGUGCUUCCGUUGAAGUAAAAUUGCACUUUUACAAAGAGGGUUCAGAGCGCGAAACGAAAGAGAAACCAGUCAUCAUUGAGUUCUUUGACAUUGGCGGAUCACUACAGCACAAAAGCAGUCGCCAUAUAUUUUACCACAAUUUUCAUGGCGUAAUGUUUGUUCACGAUUUGACGAAUAAGAAAUCUUUGAAAAAUCUUCUUAAAUGGAAUGACGAAUUGUUGAACAAAAACGGUGAGUCAUGGACGGGAUCGGUGGAAAAUAUGAUGAGGAGUUACACGACAGAUUACAGAACAGAAAGAUACCUUUCGGUUCCAGUGUUGGUUGUCGGAACCAAGUCAGAUAUGAUGCCAAGUCCGGCUCGACUAGACCGAGUGACGACAAUCGGGAAAGAUCUAGGUGCCUGUGAUACGAUUAAAUUGAACUGUCUCAACCCUGGAUCGGUCCAACCUGGAACUUCAUGUGCAGUUACAUUGAGCAAAUUUUACGACAAAGUCAUUGAGAAUAGCUCUAAUAAUAAACUUAAUAGUAGUUAUAAUAGUAGUCCGUAUACCGGUCAUUAUCACAGUGCAGGUAGUAAUAGUAAUAAAUUAUCCUCGUCCAGUAAUUAUUCUAAAUUGUCUUCUGGUAAUUUGACAAGAAUUCACAUUGAUUGAUCA